CACAGCCUCUCCUCCAGCCCCGUCAAGAAGCUGCCCGAGGAGGUGAGCCCCGAAGAGCAGCAGCGCCCCAACGGGGCGGCCGCCGGGCCGCUGAGCCCCGGCUUGGACGAGCGUGACUUCGGGGACAUCACAGAGCUGCCCGUCGUGGUGGCCAAGAGCGGGGCCGGCAUGAAACACGCCGAGUCCAUCAUGUCCUUCCACAUUGACCUGGGGCCCUCCAUGCUUGGGGAUGUCCUGAGCAUCAUGGAUAAGGAGCAGUGGGAGCAGGACGAAGACCCCGAGGUGGAGGAGAGCCAUGAGGAGGAGGCAGAUGCCGCCCUGCCCAGCUCCCCG